CUCGAUGAUCCUGCACAACUGUGCACUAAUAAUUUUAGACGAGUGAGAAUAUUUUUGUCUAAAUACGAUUUAAUUGUGCGCGAAAUGAAAAAAAUGGCGACAGAAAAUUUAAUACUUAUUUGUGCCUUUUUAAUUGUCACACAACUCGUCAUAGUUCAUUGUAAUGAGGCAAAUAUAGAUUGGACUACUGUUCACGACGAAUUGAGAAAAUUAGCUGGAAAUUUGCGUAAGAAAUGUACCGGUGAAAUUAAGGGUAUAACGGAUGAGAUGCUAGAGGAAGCAGAAUUAGGUAACUUUUCUGAAGGCGAUAACAAAUUAGCAUGUUAUUUCAAGUGCGUGAUGGACAAGGGAGGAGUGAUGAAAAAGGAUGGCAAGAUCAACUAUAAACUCUUGAGCAAAAUGAUGCCGGCAGCAUACAGACAUAUUGGACAAGAAAUGCUUGACGAAUGCCGCAAUAUAAGUGGUGAUGACAAGUGUGACGUAGCUCUCAACUUCAACAAAUGCAUGUAUAGGGCGAAUCCUGUGGCGUACUUUGUCAUCUAAAUAUUGAUUAUAUAAGUAGAAGUAAUCCCCUCCUCCCCAAGAUUAUCAUUCGUAAAUUUAAGAAAAUAAAGUACUGAAAAAUCCUUUGUUCUCUA